AUGCACGGUCCGCUUCCUGCAGAGGUCGCUGCUUCCUUGCUCAGUUAUUCCAGUGCAAGUACAAGUAGGGUCACGCCUCUCUCUUCGCGACUAGAUUCUACGACACGGCAGCUCGAUCGCGAAGACGGAACUGCGAUAUCUGGACGGAACGACUCAACUGGGUCAAGGACAAAUCAACCGCUUCACUCUCUAUUCGCAAUGAACCAUGCUACCUCUUCCACGGCCGUUAUAGAAUACCUUGAUAAACUCGACAAGCUUCCGGACUGUGGAAAGAGGGAGAGAAUAGAGAAGAGAAAGAGGACGCUUGAAGCGCUGGAUUAUCUUGAAUCUGAGAUGCGUCGGCUCAGGCUCAAUGAUCAUAAGAUGUACGCUCGUUGUACGGUCUUGACGAACAUGUUUCUCUCGUACCUCGACAAUUUUGGGUCGCCAAGUUUUCCGGAAGCUACCACACUCGAUGCGAUUGAAGAGUCCUUAUCCGAGAUCGCUCUCUUUCUACCCGCUAAAAUAGUAGUCAAGGACUAUAUCGAUCACUUCCCUAUCGCUGUCGCCGCCUGGCUCACAUACCUUCGGGCUAUCCUCUCAGUCCGUACCGCGCAUACUACCGCACUUCUCCCAUCGCAGAUUCUGAGUCCAUUCACGAUCAAAAUCAAGAGUUCAUGUCUCAUCACUUGA